AUCAGGCAGCGUUGCUCCCGACAACACACCCAGUCACACUCAUCAGAAAGUUGGUGACUGCCCCCUGACACCCUACGCAGUUAUCAGGGCGCCGGAAUUUGGCUAUUUACACCAUACGCAGUCAUUAGAGUGCUGACAUCAUUAAGACAGUCGAUUAAGGCAGUGUCUGGGAUGCUCCCGGACGCAGGUUCGAAUCCUCGUCACCGCCCUUGUUGAUUUGUUCAUUAGAGUGCUGGUGUCCGACUCCUGACUACAAAGGAAGUUCUCUCAACCAGAUACUGACAUAUCUACUCCAAAGGUGACGGUGUGUUGCCGCAGGCGACGGUAACUCCCAACAGCAACAGCUUCACGUCAUCAUGUGGUUGGAGGUGGUGCUGUUUGUGGUGCUGGUGGUGCUGCUGCGGUACUGGUUCCUCAGGCCCAAGGGCAUGCCCCCAGGUCCGCUGGUGAUCCCAUACCUGGGGAGCACCCCCAUUUUCUCCGUCAACCAAGUGAGGCCCCUCAGAAAAAAGUACGGUGAUAUAUUCAGGACUGAGCUGGGAUCGCAUAAGAUAAUGUUCCUGUGUAACUACCGGCUCAUCAUGGAGGCUUUCAGCAAGCAGGAGAUGGCUGACAGGCCCUUCAUGCCCAUGUGCAACAGGAUGACAGAUGGAGUGGUCGCAGGAGUGAUCAUGACCAAUGGGGAGAGGUGGCAGAACGCUCGUAACUUCCUGUUGCGUAACCUGAAGGACCUGGGCAUGGGCAAGACCUACCUGGAGGACGCCAUCCUACAGGAGGCCAACAUGUUGGUGGAGGACCUGAAGACAUAUACCGGAGCGCCAACACCCUUCCCCAAGUCCAUCAACAUUGCGGUCCUCAACGUCGUGUGGCAGAUGGUGGCAAGCAAAAGGUACGACCUGGCUGAUGAGGAAGUCAUGUCUUUGAUGAAGCUGAUGAAAGACUUCGAAAACAUGCCGGCGCUCGUCAUGCUGUGUGAGAACAUCCCCUGGCUCAAGAUGUUCAUUCCAAAGUUCCUAAGGGGAAGCCUUCUUCACGAAGAUAUGCUUAACAAUUUGAAUAAUGAGUCAAUACGAUUAACGAGGGAGAUGGUGGCCGAGCAUCGGGCCGAGCUCGACCCAGAUAAUCCUCGGGACGUCGUGGACCAGUACCUUGUGGCCAUGGACUCCAAAGAUGACAUUGCCAAGUUCUUCAGCGAAAAGGAUCUUAUGAGAAACAUGAUGGACCUCUUUUUUGCUGCCUUCGACUCUACGUCGAGCAUGUUACGUUGGAUCAUCCUGUACAUGGCCAAGUACCCCGAAGUCCAGCGACGCGUGCAGCAGCAGAUAGACGACGUCGUCUCGCGAGACACCUUGCCGUCCACCCAACACAAGUCCAGGCUGCCUGUGGUUGAGGCGAUGAUUCACGAGGUACUCCGUCAGAGCUCAAUCAUACCUCUGGGGUUCACUCACGCUACGAACUCCGACCUCCAUCUGGAGGGCUACUUCAUCCCGAAGGGAAGUUGGGUGUUCGGGUGUACUGUGUGUUGUAACGAGGACCCACAGUACUGGAUGGAACCCGACCAGUUUAACAUCGACCGGUUCUUAGACGCCGAGGGAAACUUCUCAGCGCAAAAGGAGGGCUUCUUGCCCUUUGGGCUGGGUCGGAGGAGCUGCUUGGGGGAGGCGCUGGCCAGGAUGGAGUUGUAUGUUUUCACUGCCGCCAUCCUCCAGAACUUCUCCUUCUCCGCCCCCGAGGGCUGCGAGAUCGACCUUGAGCACGACAACAAGAAUCCCUGUUUUCUGCGCUCAAAAGAGCAAAACAUUCUCAUUAGUUUAAGGAUAUAGCGACCCUAAUGUAAACAAUUGUGAGAAUUCUUGCAGCUUAAUAGUAUCCACGAGUUGUAUAUAUAUAUAUAUACUUAUCCUCUGUUCUACAGGUGACGACUGUAGGUACCUAGCUUCUUGUGCACAGGUGACAAUUGUAAUUGCCAAGCAUCUGUUCUACAGGUGACAAUUAGAGUCACUGGUCUACGGGAGAAUACAGUAAUACAGGUCAAUGUUAUCGAGAGAGACAAGGCUCAACCGUCAUUGACUCGGCAUAAAAUUUCACUCCCUUUAUCUCGGGGUCUGCGGUAGGCCUAAUCCAACAGCAGAAAGAAAAAGAUAAUUAAAAAAAUUAACAAAUUUCUUUUGUAAUAGAAUGUGAACGAUAUUUGUUACGUAUUACUGACACAAAUAUGUGUGUCUUUAUUUGCUAUAUGUAUCUGCAGGAUCGAGUUAUUAGCUCUUGGACCCCGCCUUUCUAACCAAUUUAUUUUUCCUCUAUUAUGUCUACUACAUAUAUUUCUUUCUAACAUACGCACGUACACACACAUCCCCAGAAAGCAGCCCGUAGUAGGUAGCCAACUCCCAGGUACCUAUUUACUGCUAGGUGAACAGGGCUAUCAAGGUGAAAGAAAUUCUAUACAUUUGUUUUGUAUAAGAUAUUUUACCCUCUUAAUAAAUUAAACAAUGCACCGAG